AUGGGUCGAGGACGCUCUCCCCGCAGGCGUUCAGCAUCCGACGAGCCAACCGAGAGUAGCCAGGGAAUAUUCUCAACUCAGCCAACGGUUUUCAUUCUGCCCACUCAUUUGAGUCUGGAUAAGCUACACGAGACGGAAAGUCGAUUGAUUGAGCACGGUGGGAGAAUAACCUACGAUAUUACUGAGGCCGGUCUGGUUUUGGGGAAGAUUGGCCAAAAGAAGCGUGCUAUUCUGGAGCUUCGCUCUCGUGGGCUCUGGACAGAAGAGUCUCCGUCAACACCUGUAUCUGCUCAGGCGGUAUCCUUGGGAGAUAAGGAGCCUCCAGGCAAACGAAGAAAAGUUGAACACGAUAGUACAACAGUUCACAAUGGAGCCGGACUAGAGAUUGUCGACCUCAGUACCGAGUCUGAAAGCGAAGAAGAUGGAGAGAGAAGUCGGCAUGAUCCCUCUCAGCACCUGGUGCGAGUCCAGGACGCGCCAGGGACUAUCACGCUGCUGAAGCUGGAAUGGCUAGAUCGCUCCAUUUUAGCCGAAAAGGUUCUCUGUUAUGAGUCGUUUGUCAUAUACAAGGGCCGGAAGACCAAUCGUCCGGGCGAAGCAUCUGCAAAGGCGGUAUCUGAGAAGCUACCUAGCGAGAUUCUUCAACGCGCCAAAGAAGAUGCAGCUUCACAGCCUCUACCAGUCUCCACAGGGCGAUUUCACUCACGGCGCUUUAAUGAAUCACACGGUUGGACACCUAGUCAGAGGCCACCAACUCUCCACCGAACAACCACGUCUGAGAAUGACGAAACUGCCACUCCUCCAGACCAACCAGACUGGGUCAGAGAUCAUGUUAUAUAUGCAUGCCUACGCUCAGCACCGCUGCACACUCCAAAUGACGACUUUAUCGCGCAGCUCAUCAAAAUCCGCCGAAUCCGCCAUUUGACUCUUGAUGAAAUCGGUGUGCGAGCAUAUAGCACAUCGAUUGCGACACUGUCAGCGUAUCCGCACGUCCUCAAACGACCUAGCGAAGUCCUCGUUUUACCCGGUUGUGACGUGAAGAUCGCAAACCUCUUCUCUGAAUUUCAGCAGCACGGAGGCUGCAAUCACACAGACGACAAUGGAAACGUGGCUGCGGCAGAUGCAUUGGAUACGGACCCUAUGCUGAGAGUCUUGGAUACAUUCGACAAGAUCUGGGGUGUGGGCGCCAAGACCGCCAGAGACUUUUACCAGAAGGGUUGGAGGGAUCUAGACGAUAUCGUCGAGUAUGGAUGGGACUCUCUCUCGCGGGUGCAGCAGAUCGGAGUCAAAUUCUUUGAUGAAUUUGAAGCUGGUGUUUCGCGCCUGGAAUCUGAAACUAUCGCCGCUGUUGUAAAGAGACAUGCUCAGCGCGUAAGGCCAGAUGCGGGCAACAUUGACUGUGUCAUUGUCGGCGGCUACCGCCGUGGGAAAGAAAUCUGUGGCGAUGUUGAUAUCAUCUUAACACAUCGUGACGACUCAGUCACCCGGAAUUUGAUCGUUGAUGUGUCUACCGUUCCAUUCCGAGGCGACGACACAGGAAAGCAUUUUGACUCGCUCGAUAAGGCACUGGUCGUAUGGCAAGAUCCUAUCUUCGAAUCUACAGAUGCGAGUGAUGCGGAUGGACGAAAACGAAAUCCGAAUCUGCAUCGUCGUGUGGACAUUAUCAUCGCGCCGUGGCGGACAGUUGGCUGUGCAGUGCUUGGAUGGUCUGGCGACACGACAUUUCAGCGCGAUUUGAGGCGAUUUGCAAAGAAAGCGCAUGAUUGGAAGUUUGACUCCAGCGGGGUGCGGGAGCGUACUGCUGGCGGGAAGGUGGUAGAUUUGGAGUAUGGAGGGGAAACUUGGGAGGAAAGGGAGAGGUUGGUCAUGGAAAGAUUAGGAAUUGGAUGGAGGCCCCCAGAGGAGCGAUGUACGCGUUAA